GUUCAUGACUACCAGUCGACACCGGUGGGAGGUCAGUCUCUUUCGGCGAGAGCGAGGCGCACGCGUCAAACGUACUAUCACGCAACAACAACGUUUUUCUUUAUCCUUUUCUAAUCUGAUUCUCCUCUCUCUGUGGUUCUUCUAUCUUUGUUUCUCUCUUCCUCUUUUCCUCCCUCGUGCCACUUCGUUGACAAUGACGAAGAUUCAUCGUAACGCGGUGCAUCAUCAAAGUGCAUAAACGACGAGGAUGAAGAUGUUUGCGCGCGCAAUAGUUCAAUCGUGAACACUGGAAACGUACCGAUCGGUCGAUCGGUCGAUCGAUUUUUCCAUCAGUUGAAGAGAAGUGAAAUUUUAUUGAUUUUCAUUCGACAUCCGAAGAAUUAUGAAGUAAAUAAUUGGAGGAGAGGGGAAAGACAACAGAAGUUAAUGAACUAGAUGAAAAAGGAUAGGAGAGAGAUGUAUGUAGGUCAAACGUAUACUACACGAUCUAACAUGAAAGUUUUCAUCGAUUACUCGCUCUAGAACGUUCAUACAUACAUACAUACAUAUAUAUAUAUAUAUAUAUAUAUAUAUAUAUCCUGAAAAAGAGAUAUAUAUACCUCACAGUUUGUUAAAUCUUUUUCUUAAAUACGAACGAUAGACACGCAAAGGAUGUAACUAAAACGGCACACUUGGAAGAGAUCCGAUCAAUGCUCGUUCGUUCGUGAUAAGAACGACACGAAUUGAUUAAACAUCGGCAGAAUUCUUCUCUUUCUUACCACGAGAAAGAGAAUCGAAUAUCGAUAAACUUUCCUUUUGUCUCUAUGUAAACGUUUAUACGCUUAUACGACGUUAAAGGUUUAUACGACGUAUAUGUCUAUCCUAUCGAUCCUAGAGGAUAACUCGUAAUUUAAACCGCAGUAUCACGUGCACUCUGAUCGAUUGUAAACGUUUCUAUGAGAAGUGCAUCGAUACAUCAUCAUCUGGCUUAUUAAAAGUGAAUGUACGCAAGUAAGCGCGUGGCUCUUGACGAUAAACGAGUCGACGACUCACCGACCAGUUCGUAAAUUUUUCUCAACAAUCCUGAGAAUACAUUUGCAUAUUCGUAUGUUGUUGGAAUGCAAAUAGUGCGAUCGAAUAUUCUUCUCUUAUUAAACGAAAUUACGUAUUACGUAGACAACGAAUUUUCAUAACGAAUCGAAAAUUAAUUUGCAAAGAACAUAUUCCAUUUGUUUUGCGAGUAAACAGAAACGUUUGAUCGAAAUCGAAGAAAUUAAAAAUAAUAGAAUAAAGAUGUUGGAACUAUUGAAAGAAUUUCUGGAUCCUUUCCUUUUAAUUGGCCUUUUUAUCGUUAGUUUAUAUUUUUAUUUUACGGCUACUUUCAAUUUUUGGGAGAAUCUUUGCGUGCCAUUUAAGAAGCCAACAGUUUUGGUCGGUAAUUUUGGACCCUUGUUAUUAUUUCGAAAAUCUCAGCCAGAAGGAGUGAAGGAAAUGUAUGAGUGGUUCAAGAAUGAAAGAUUCUUUGGGGUUUUCCGUGUCAGAUCACCGAUUUUAAUAUUAAGAGAUCCCGAUCUCGUGAAGAGCAUUUGCGUGAAGGACUUUGUUUGUUUCGCAAAUCGUGGUAUACCAACCAAUAAUUCUCAGGAUCCAUUGUCAGGUCAUCUCUUCAAUUUGGAAGGAAGAAAAUGGAAGGGUCUCAGGUCGAAAUUAACGCCCACUUUCUCUUCGGGCAAGCUAAAACGUAUGUUUUAUUUAUUGGCCGAGUGUUCCGAAGAAUUUCGGAAACUUAUCAACAAAGCUUGCGAGGGAAAAACAGCUGUGGAGGUUCGUGAGCUAGCAGCAAAAUUUACGAUCGACGUCAUCGGUAGCUGUGCUUUUGGCAUACAAAUAAAUGCUUUGACCGACGAAGACUCCGAAUUCCAUAGGGCUGCGAAGAAACUCUCAAGGCCAAGUUACAAGACGACGUUGUGGAGGAUGCUUCGCACAGCUAUGCCUAAGCUCUACAAGUUCCUAAGUGUUCAGGUCAUCGAUCCUGAGGUUACUAUGUUUUUCAAGAACGUCGUGUCGCAGAUGAUCAAGCAACGAGAGAGCUGCGACCAAAGGAGACACGAUUUUAUGGAUCUCUUAGUGGAACUGAAGAACAAAGGAAGCUUAGAAAACGAAAUAGGAUCGAUAUCGCAAACAUUGAACGAAGAGGAUGUUCAAGCCGCAAAGGAAAUUGAGCUCGAUGAAAAUUCCAUCGCGGCCCAGGCCUUCGUUUUCUUUGCAGCCGGUUACGAAACUUCGUCCAACACAAUAGCGUUCUGUCUGCACGAGUUGGCGUUAAAUGAAGAGAUUCAAGAAAAGACUAGGCGAGAUAUUAACGACUCCAUAAUGAAACGAGAUGGGAAAUUAACUUACGAUGCAGUUCAGGAUAUGAAAUAUCUCGACUUGGUGAUACUAGAAACUCUUAGAAAAUAUCCACCAGCUCCGUUACUCUCUCGAAGAUGCGAAUACAAAUAUCAAAUACCUGGAAGCAAAGUCGAACUUCCGGCUGGAAUGAGAGUGGUCAUACCGAUUUAUGGUCUCCAUCAUGAUCCUGACCACUAUCCAGAUCCUGAAACGUUUAAUCCUGACAGAUUUAUGGACGAGAAUAAACGAACGAGACAUCCGUAUACGUAUCUUCCGUUUGGAGAGGGUCCACGUGCUUGUAUAGGAAUCCGGUUCGCGUUGCUGCAAAUUAAAAUUGGAAUAAUUUCCUUCUUGAGAAAUCAUGGAGUUCAGGUUUCCAAUAAAACGGUUCAUCCCAUAAGAUUCAGCAGGCGCAGCCUUGUUACUACGAGCGAAGAUGGAUUUUGGCUUAAUAUUACCUCAGAAUCGGAGAAUUCUUAAAAUAUUUACAACCAUACAGUUUGAUGUACUUAAUGUUUCUUUUCUUGGUAAAGAUCAUUGCACUUUGCUAAAUUUCUAAGUCAUUCUCCACAUAGAAACAGACUGAUAUACUCGAAAUUUUAUUUGCUAUUAUUAAAAUAAAAAAACUUAAUUGACAAAGAUAUUUAAAUAGAAUCGAUAAGAAAAUAUAUGAUAUUUUAUUUUUA